AUGUCUCAAAGCCAGUUUUCAGACUUCGCAUCGUCAUUUUAUGGGGAAUUUAGUGAUUCACAAGUGCUUACUCCCCCCGCAAGUACACAGACCCAAGAACCCUGGGAAUCUCGUAUCCUCCGAUCGGGUGAUCUGACUCCUACGCCGGUCCCUUCUUCCCUUACGCGCGUUGGCUCCGACCGUAGGAAGACAUUUCUUCUUUACGACAAGAUGGUUCAUUCGGAAUGGGUAGACUGGUGGCUAGGAACUGAAUAUGGCUCGAAAAGCAAGAUUAAUUGGGACUCAAGACGCCAUACAGAGGUCUGGGAUGGUUACCACCAGGUCGCUCAAAUCAUCGAUGGGGCACCAAAGGUUAUGUGCAAACGUUGUGGCAAGAUCUUGGAGCAUCCUUAUUCUACCAGCCCAGGUAGUAUAGGGAGCAGAGUGCAGUACCAUGGCACAUCAACGAUCAUGAAGCAUCUUAGGACAGCUGGAUGUAGACGCUCGGAUAACAAGAGGAAUUCGGAGAUCACAAAGUUUCUACAGACUGAGGCAGAAAGUUCAGCUACGCCCUUCUCAUGCCAAGAAUGGGAAGAAGAUAUUCUUCAGUUCCUUACGCUUAACCGCCUGCCAUUCAAUCUAGUCGAAUAUACAUCAUUCAAACGUCUAUUCCACAAAGCUCGCUCUGCCCCAGCCAUUUUGCCAUUCCCUUCCGCCGAUACUAUACGUCGCCGACUCGGGAGCAUAGUCAAAGAUCGACAGCAGCGUAUCCUUCGCACGCUACCCCCUCGCUCUAAGAUAUCCAUUGCGCUUGACUGCUGGACGUCUCCUUUCUCGCAGGCAUUCAUAGCUAUCACCGGCUAUUUUAUUGACGCCGAUUGGGUUUAUCGCGAGGUGCUUCUUGGGUUCAAACCGGUUUCUGGUUCACAUACCGGUGAUAACCUUAGUGGUGUUCUUUUAGAAACCCUCGUGGAGCAUGAAAUUACGGAUAGGGUCUUUGGAUUAACAACGGAUAAUGCGUCGAAUAACAAGACGUUGGCUACUGCUCUUCAGCAAGCGUUACCAGAUAGAGUUUUCAUUACCCGAAUCCCAUGCCUUGCCCACGUUAUUCAGCUCAGUCUGAACCAGCUUCUUUCUCGGAUCAAGGCAGGUCCCACAAAUGACUCGACUGAGACAAAGUGGACAGAGAAGCAGUCAAACCUCGCCCGGCAAAAUGCGAAGCAACAGUCUGAUUCAUAUCAGAUCUCUUCCACAUUAAACAAGAUCCGCUUUCUUGCAGUUUAUAUUAAUGCGAGUCCUCAGCGCCGAGAGACAUUCUGUGGACUUCAGAUAACCGAUAUCAAGAUUGUUCCAAUCCAAGAUGUAAGGACUCGGUGGAAUUCGACAUACUUGAUGCUUCGCCGGGCAAAGCGACUACGCAGCAUUUUUACUCUGUUCUGUACGGAGUAUGACUGUGAGGAGAUGCUUCCUAGUGAACAGGAAUGGCGCCAGAUCGACUAUUUGCUGUCUAUUACCGAGCCGUUCUUUGAUUAUACAACACAGCUUUCAAAGACUCGAGACAUCACAGCCCACUACGUGUUUAUGAUUUAUAAUAAAUUGUUUGCUCAUCUUGAACAAUCAAUGAAGCAGCUCCGACGAAAGCGGGUUGUAUGGAAGAAACAGAUGCUUGAUGCACUUGAAGCUGGGCGGAUAAAGCUUGAUGAGUAUUACUCUCAAACUGAUAGUAUCCGAGGGCAUAUUUAUGCGAUUAGCACUAUGCUUGCACCGGUAAACAAGUUCCAAUUCUUUCAUACCGCCGACUGGGAUCAGCAUUGGCGAGAUAUUUAUCGAUCUUCAUUCCGCGAAGCCCUAGCUCCAUAUCAAGCGAUGCUUGCAAGUGAUAUCCAGGCUUCAGGAACGUCUAUAGCUAUAGCUGAACCAUCCUCGGUGCUUGAUUCAAUGCUUACCGGGCCUGGACCUGGCGGACAUCCAGCACGGCUUCCAGUUUCUGAUGAAAUAAGCCAAUACCUUGAUAGCGAUCCUAUUUCUAUAAAUCCCCUCACUUUCUGGAAAGAACACCAAUCUCGCUUCCCAGCUAUCGCUGCACUUGCACGAGAUGCCCUUUCGUUCCCAGCAACUGGCGCAGGGGUUGAACGUCUAUUCAAUACCGCUCGGGAUAUCUGCCACUACCGUCGUGGUAGAAUAAAGUCGAAGACUAUUGAAGAUUUGAUGAUGUUCCUUUGUACGUCUAGAUUUGAUAUGGAGGAGCAAGAGGCGAAGCUUCUUAAGGAAUUCUUUACGUGGGACGAGAUCGAGGCGGCGAAAGAAGAGAAGGAUGGGAAGAUUGAUCUGAUUGAAGUUGAUCUGAUAAGUGAUACAGAGGAACAGGAAGAUGAGAUAGAUCAUCAGGAUAAGAACCAGGAUCUUAUAGAGCUAGAUGAGACGUCUGUGAGUGCCGGUGAACAUAAUGCUGGGCCUGAUCCAUCAUUGCCACCAAACCAGACGCAGAUUCGGGCCUCAGGACGGAAACGGAAAAGCAGGGAGGAUGAUGUGUUCGAAUACCAUUAG